AUGGCUUUUGGUGAUGGCAGCACAUCCACUGGCGAUACUAGCGGUUGCCUUAUGCUUGGUAUGGGUUCGGGUUUGGUCGACUCGCUGAUUGCAAACAAUGACACUGGCCAGAACCAUAAUUCUCGCCUUUCUCAGACGUACCGUUGGCUUCCAAAUCACCCACUUUCCCCAAAUGACCCGGGGCGUAUCUUCCCGCCGAAUGGAGUGGUCGGUCUUGAUGGCAAUACAUUCUCAUACAACAACUCUGCUUAG